AUGACUCAUUUUGAAGAAUCAUCCGGUGUAAUUCGUGCUUCUUUUGAAUGGGGGUGCUGGUGGCAGACUCUUGAAGAAGUGUACAUUGAAAUUUCAUUUCAACAGACUGUCAAUGUGAAGCAAAUUUUAUGUGAAAUUACAAGCAAUGCAAUCACUUGUGGUCUUGUUAAUCAGCAACCAUUAUUGUCAGGUCAUUUAUUUAGCAAUGUGAAAGCAAGUGAAUCGACAUGGAGCCUUCAGGAAAAACAGCACAUGAGUAUAUGCCUAGUCAAAGCCAAUCCGGGUUUGUGUUGGCAUUCGCUUAUGACUGAUAAGUGGAAAGCAAAUCCAUUAAUUUUCGACCAAAUGGAACGAAAACUCACCCUUCAACGAUUGCAAACUGAAAAUCCUGGUAUGGACUUUAGUUCAGCUGAAAUAUCAGGGAACUACCACAAUGGUGGACCAAGACUUCCUGUUUUUGUUUUUCAGAAUGCUGACAAAACUCUACUUAACAGGACCUUUGUUCGUGCGUGUGAAUCUGAAUUGUUAACGUGCUCUACACCAAAGGAAGAUUCUCCUCCUACAUUCGAUGGUGUUCAACUCUCAGGUCAAGAGGCACGAAAUUUUUAUGAAUCACUUACACAAUGUGCAACUAGGAAAUUAGAAUCUUCAUCCUCCAAUCAAACUUCUUGUGAAUGUACCUUGUGUGGAGUUUUUUUUGACGACUAUAAAAAACAUGUUUCGUCUAUAGGCCAUCAGGUAGCAGAGAUGUCUGAAAGAGUGACAAGACCUUCACCUUUGCUGAUCCCUCCUUCUAAUAAAGGUUACCAGCUUUUAACUCGAAUCGGUUGGUCCGACUCUGCUGUUGAUGUAAACAGUAAUCAUUUGAGUGCUUUCGAAACACCGUCAGCGGAUACAUCUUCGUCAUCCAAGUCACAUUAUAUUGCUGAAGGUAGUGGUUUAGGUGCUCAUAGGCAAGGUCGGCGUUUCCCUGUUGCAACUAUUCUAAAACGUGAUCGUCUUGGGUUCGGUUGGCCAAAUAGCACAAAUACUGCGAAGAUUACACACUUCAACUCAGGUGAUAUAAAAGCAGUUGAAAAUCCAGCGGAUGUGAAACAUCAUCGCUUAUCUAUUAAAUUAGACUCAAAGUAUUUAGUCCGAAGAAAUAAUCGAGAAAAAAAAAUAGAGCGUAUUAUAAGACAAGAAUUUAAUCUAACUGAAGACCAGUUAGCUAUACUUCGCGGAAAAUGA